UUCCUUCAAACAACAGAGACCAUUUUUAUCAUUUUUCUCAAUUUAUAUGAGUAUCUCUUCUUCGCCUUUCUUCCUUCCUUACCAAAAUUAAUUCUAAUGGAUACACUUUCUACCUCAGUUUCUUCACUUAAAGUUCCAACCAUCCGUAGAAACUCUGCUGAUUUCUACAAUUUCAAGAAUCCAUACACACCACCACCUUCCUCAUCAUCCCACUUUAAUUUCCGAAAACCAACUUCAUUAAUCUCAAACAAAACCAACUCUUUUACACACAAAAAAACUUGCAAUUUCCCUACUACUAAUUUCCCAUCUCUAUCUAAAAAUCCACUUCACAAACAACCUUCUUUAAGGCAUCAUCAAACAGCUCAUACUAGAGCUUCAAGUGGUUAUGCUACAGCACUUAUAGAUAUAGCUAAGUGUAACAACUCACUUGAAAAUCUUGAAAAAGAUGUAAGGAGGUUAUCAAAAUGGUUAAGAAAUGAACAACUAAGUGCUAUUAUGACAGACCCUUUUGUGGAAAAUAAAGAAAAAGGGUAUGUUCUUAAAGAGAUACUGUCUAAAGGGAAAUUUAAUAAAUAUUUGGUUAGUGUGGUGAAACUUUUGGUGGAGAAAAAGAAAGUGGGGAUUGUGGAUGAAGUGUUGAUGGAAUUUGAGAGGAUUUAUGAUCAACUUUGUGGGACACAAGUUGUGUUGGUUUCAUCUAAGGUGAAAAUGGAAAAAUGUGAAAUCUUUGAAAUAGCUAACAAGGUACAAGAGUUUAGUGGGGCUGAAAAAGUUAAGGUUAAGGUAAGAAAUUUGGUUGAUGAUAAGAAGAGGUCAAAAUCCUUUGUUAUGUGAUUAAUGUGAAUUCAAGAUUUAGAGUCAGGUCAAUUCUGCUCUUUAUAUAUGUGUUAAUUUUUUUGUUUUUUUACAUGUAUGUGUGACGAAUAUGUUGUGUAUAAUCUUUAUCUACUAUUGACUCUGCUAAAGUGUGUUAUAUUUGAAUUGAUGAAAAAGUAGAUGUAUUGAAUUUA